CCCACGGAAGGAGAACAGCAGGGUGUCUGUAACUUGUGUCUCCACUGUGGAGAUGUUGUAAACUGAAGAGAAGUGUUUCAGUCCAUGAGUGAAGCUGUAAACCGUCCUCACCGUCACAAUGUGGAGACUUACCGGUGAACCAAAGAGCUCCUUCAGCUCUGCCGCGGGACCGCGCGCUGCUGUCGCCGCGGUCACCUGUUUGCUCGUGACCGGCAUGCUGGUCGUGACUGUGGGACAGCCGAGCACAGAAGACCCGGUGGAGCCUCCAGCUGCUGCUGCGACCACCAGCGGAAAAGUUUUCUCGGCGUAUUUCCGGAAACUCACCCGGGAGAGGCGAGCGGUGAGCGACCAUCCACGGAGAAGCGCUCCCCCCGGGCCGGUGGAGCAUCUUUCCCCGGCUGACCUGUUCAUAGCGGUGAAGACCACCGAGAGAUACCACCGGCAGAGACUGGAGCUCCUGCUGGACACCUGGAUCUCCAGGAACAUGCAACAGACGUUCGUGUUCACUGAUGGAGAGGACGAGAAGCUGAGGAAAAGGAUGGGAGCUCACCUGAUCAACACCAACUGCUCAGCGGCUCACAAUCGUCAGGCCCUCUCCUGUAAGAUGGCUCUGGAAUAUGACACUUUUAUUAACUCUGGGAAGAAGUGGUUCUGUCACGUCGAUGAUGAUAACUACCUGAACGUCAGCUCCCUCCUGAAGCUCUUGUCUCAGUACAGUCACACACAGGACGUUUACAUCGGACGGCCCAGCUUGGAGCGACCAAUAGAAGCCACAGAGAGUCUCGGCACCACUGACAUGAAACAGGUGCGUUUCUGGUUCGCCACAGGAGGAGCAGGAUUCUGUCUGAGCCGUGGCCUCGCUCUCAAGAUGAAACCCUGGGCGAGCAAUGGUGCCUUCAUGGCGACAGCUGAGCACAUUCGCCUCCCGGACGACUGCACCGUCGGUUACAUCGUGGAAGCGCUGCUUGGCGUGAGCCUCAUCCGCUCAGCGUUGUUCCACUCCCACCUGGAGAACCUGGGACUGGUGUCAGACAUACACAACCAGGUGACUCUCAGCUACGGCACAGUGGAAAACAGCAGGAACAUGGUCAACGUGAAAGGACCAUUUGCAAUAAAUGAAGAUCCUACGAGGUUCAGGUCAGUCCAUUGUUUGCUGUACCCAGACACUGCUUGGUGCCCGAGCCCCCGGCGACUUUAACACCCAUCCACAGGCUCAGGCAGACUGGUGGAGGAGAACAAGUUAAUGUCUGGCGUAACUCGAUUCUCUCUGAUGGAGGAGGAAAUCAUUGCAGACAUCCAGGAAAAAAGGGAGUGUCACUGCUGCCCUCCUCUGGCCUUCAAGUGCUGAAGAAUCUGUGGAACAUUUAAACAUAAAUGUUUUCCUCACAUCCAACAGCAGUCUGAGUAGAAGGCUGACUUUUUAUGUGGAACUAUCAUUUUAUUAGUUUGACACCUGAACUCUAACCCUGUCUGGUGUCAGAAUGGCAAAAAUUGCACCAAGAGAAGACUGAAGGUCACAGUUCUUGGACGGAUGAAAAAUGGAGACGACUUAUUUUACUUUUUACAUAUUUUAAUUUCCUGAGGGUGGCACAAGAGGGAAAGCCCUGUUGUAGCCCUGUCAGACCUGCCUUAUCUUUCCUCUGUCUCACACUCAGCUGUCCUUUGUCAGUUUCAGCUCUCGUUUGUUACCCUCAGCUGCACUCAGGCUCAGCUGUGUAUUGAGGUUAAAGGGACAGUUCACCCGCAAAUCAAAAAUACAUAUUCGUUCCUCUCACCUAUAGAGCUGUUUAUCAGACUAGAUUGUUUUGGUGUGAGUUGCAGAGUGUUGGAGUUAUCAGACCUAGAGAUGUCUGCCCUCUCUUCAGUAUAAUGGAAUUAAAUGGCACUCAGCUUGUGGUGCUCAAAGCGCCAAAAAAAUACAUUUGAAGAACUCAACAGCAAUGUCUCUUUCCAGAAAUCAUGACCCAGUUACUAAAGAUAAUCCGCAGACCUUGUUGUGAGCAGUUUCAUGUAGGAACUAUUUUCUUUCUACUGAACUCCAUGCGUCAGCCAUAUUACUGUGCUGAAGGAAGUGUACAUCUACUCAUGGACGAGAGGCUUGAGUUCAUAACAGCACAGGAUGUAAACAUUAAAAGCAUCCUCCCCGGUAGAGCUGUAACAUUAGCUAGCCCAGUGCUAGGUGAGCUAGCAGUAGACAAAUGCUUCCUUCUGCCCAGUGAUGCCGUUGGCGGAUGUACUUUGAUAAAAAGAAAAUAGUUCCCACAUGAAACUGCUCACAACAAGGUCUGUGGAUUAUCCAGAGUAAUCAGGUUGUGAUUUCUGCUAUUUCUACUAUUGCUGUUGAGUCUUUUUUUAAGGUGCUUUAAGUACCACAAGUUAAGUGCCAUCUGUUAUACACUAGAGAAGGCAGACAUCUCAACACUUCACAACUCACACCAAAACAUUCUAGAUUGAUAAAUAGCACUAUAGGUAAAAGUAGAAAUUUUAACUUUGGGAUGAACUGACCCUUAACUGCUAUCACAAUAUGUAACCUUUAAUAUUGUGGCUAACAGGGUUAUUCUGGUCUAUUGCAGCUUGUUUUAAUAUUUUGGCCAUCUUUUUGUAAGUUAUUAUAAGAUUGUGCUCUCCAGUAAUUUGCUGAGAUCCUUGAACAAGGCGACAAAGCUACAACAAAGUCAGGCAUGACAAGAAACUUGAGCAGUCAGGCUGUUUGUUGAUGACACUGUCAUUUUUACACUUUUCAUAGGGACCAAACAAACAAGACGUAAGAUACUGAAUUAGAGAGCUUUAGAGGUGCUGGAAGGCAGAUUGUGUCACAGAGCCAGAAUAGCUGUUUCCCGCUGUUUCCAGUCUUUGUGCUAAGCUAAGCUAAGCUAAGCUAACCCACUGCCUACUGUAGCUGCAUGUUUAUCGUACAAACAUGAAAGUGGAAUCAAUCUUCUCAUCCAACUCUUGGCAAGAUUGCAAAAAGGCCUAUUUCUCAAGAUGUCAGAUUAUUCUUUUAAGUCAAAUUUUCUAAACUAGUUUAUGUGUAAGUGAAACUGAAAGUGUGCAAGCUGAAAUGUUAAUAUUCCAUCGCACAACUACAGUAAAUAGAGCAGGUCAAAGCUGAACCAUGAAGUCAUCGUAAACUACUGUGAACACGCUGUUCGCCUUCAUUUGCUCUUCCAGGGAGGAUAGACUAAUCUUGAAAGGGUACAGUUAAAACCUGAGUCACUCCAAAACUUUUUUAGCAAUGUUGCCACAGUCUCAGAUUUUUGUUAUUACUGUGUUGAGUGACAAUUUUAUUACUGGGGAAAGAAAUGAUGGCCCAAACCAUGAAAGUAAGACCCACAUUGUACUAACCUGGGAUUACCCUCAUCCUGUGGGGUGGGAUAAGUCAAAGAAUCCCCAGCAUUCAUCCUGUGGGAACUGUAAAUGUCAGUUUAUUGACAUUAAACCUGAUAGUUUUUGUGAUAUUUGACUAUAAACUAAAGUGCUGGACCAACAGACGAGCAGACAGAUUAAGAUUAAUAUCCCCUGCUGCUGUUUAAUGUAGCUUGUUCUGCUUUCCUUCACACUCUCCUACAUUGUCACUGUCCUGUCUCCACUUUCUCUGCUGUGAAAGAUUAAUUUUUUGAAUGUAAGUUACUUGGUCUCCCACCCUGCGCCUCUUCCAUGCUCCAGUGUUUAUCAGGUUGGUUUCAAUACAUGACGCUGUUACAGUGAACAGAUGAAAGAACAACAUUCAUUAUUCAUCAGCGUGACUAGGCGUGGGGGAUUUUGAUCUUAAGUUUUAUCAUGUCAGUGUUCAGUAUUAUCUUUUCUCUGAAGUAUAUCAUCAUGACUGAGCACUUUGCUGUUUUAUUUCCGCUGUUUGCUAUUCAUCAUAUUUUCAAAACACAUCCCGAAAAAAAGGUUUCACGUUAUGGGAAAACAUGCUCAUUUGUUUUCUUGAUGAAAGGUAGAUGAAAUGAUUGAUCCCGCUGUGAAAUGUGAGCGUGGUAUCAAUCUUCUCAUCUGACGCAUGGCAAGAAAACAAAAACGGGUAUUCCCCAAACUAUUUCACAAUCUGAACUCAUCCAGUGAGGCCUCUGUUCCAAAAUACCCUUCGAAAAAGGUGCACAUCACCCACCUUGAUUCGUUUAAACAGGUGGAUAAUAAAUGUAAGUGAUGUUAGACUGCUUUUCAUUGGUUACACAGUAGCAGUGUGACAAGGAUUUCCCCAAAUGACUCAUGUUGGGUCGUCUUCUAUCUUUCUGUGAAUUGAAAGCAGUUGUUACAACUGAAGGAAAGUUAUUAAGUUAAAUUCUGUCCCUUGUUAAAUGAAUGUAUAUGAUGAACUGUUGCUUCUGAAGCGUACAUGCUCUCUCCAGUAUCUGGACUGUAUGUAGACAUGUAAUAAUAAAAAGG